GCAUUUAACUAAAGUCGCAAUCGCGGAGUGGGAGCAGAUCGCAGUUGGAAACAGAAACAGUUAAAGAAACAGACGAAGAUUCCGAAUCUGAAUCCGAAUCCGCGCUCUGACAUAGUUAACGUAGUGUUCCAUUUGUGGUUUAACAAGAUGAUUGGCACUCGACAAUAUUUGCUGCUGUUGGUGGCACUGUGGGCACUGCUCAAUGUUAGCAUGACCGAAGAGCUGGAGGAUGUUGUCAAGGAGGAGGUCAUUGAGAUUGAGAACAAACUACAAAAGGUCAUACGAGUCAAUCCGCUGGAGUUGCCGUCAAAGCAGGAUCGCAAUGGCAACCAAAUGAACUCGGAACUCUUUCAGAUACAAACAUUACGACCAGGAGGAAAGCUGCCACGGCAUCGUCAGUAUGUGGACUCGAAGCACAUGCGUCCAGUUAAGAACGGGCGAUCAUCCACUGGUGAAGCAACGCAGUCCGAUUUGAAAUACUCGAACACGCCCGAACUAAAAGCCUUUCCCAAGCAGAAGCUGAAAACGAAGCAGCAGAAGCAGCUGCACUUCCCCCUCGAGACUAGGAUCAAUGCGGGGGAGACGGAGGCGCUGCCCAUUCAGGUGACACCCGGCGCCUUUCCCAUCUACUAUGUGGUGUCCAAGACGAACGGUCGCUUCGGCAAAUUCCCCAUCAAAUCCUUUCGCUCGCCAGCCGAAUUUGCCAAGUAUCUGAUCAAGAGCAAGGCGGAGCCCAUACCCCGUAGCUUGCGCUUUGAGGGCAGGGGUAUCCACUACGAGGCGACGACCGAGGGGUCAGUCAUUAGACUGUAGUAGGUAGUAGCUUAACUGCUUUGUAAUUUGCACGCGCGCGCAUUGUAUGCUUAGUUAAAUUAUUAUUCACCAUAAUUAUAAUUGCUAAUUACCACAAUACUUAUACUAAUUUCUACUUAUUAUGUAUGUACUCGUAUCUAGAUACAAAUGUAUCUCGGAAAUACCCAACCCAACCCAACCAAACCCCAUGUACACUAAACGCUUGCCAAAUAAACGCCUCUUGAAUAUGCUUCAUUUCAUACUA